AUGUCAUAUAAACAAGUCUUCUACAACGAACUACGGCGAUGCUUCAAUGGGAAUGUGCCUGAUAAACUAUUAGUGGCCCUCUCGGGAGGAGUCGACUCCAUGUGCUUGACUUAUCUACUAGCUGAUUACAAACGUACAUACCAGCCUCUGCUAGACAUCCAUGCAUUAACCAUAGACCAUGGCUACCGAAAUGAAUCAACCCAAGAAGCCAAAGAGGUCGGGGAACAAGUCAGCCAGUGGGGGAUAAAGCACCAGAUAAAGAAGCUUGACUAUGGGAGGAACUUGAAUGAAAUCACGAAUUUCGAGGAAGUGGCUAGGACCCUUCGGUAUGAAGCAUUCCAGGAUUCAUGUCAUAAUCUAGGCAUAGGGUCAAUACUUGUGGCGCAUAAUCUUGAUGAUCAGAUCGAGACUUUUCUCCAAAGACUUCAAAUGAACUCAACUUUGUUUGGCUUGGCUAGUCUAAAAGGUCGUUCGCCCUUUCCAUCUAAACCUAGAGGACCGGUAGAGAGAAUGCCUCCUCUUACAGUCUGCCGGCCAGUUUUACUGUUGAGCAAGCCUGAGAUAAUACAGGUUUGUCAAAAAAACCAGGUCAAUUGGUUUGAAGAUAAGACAAAUGCAGACCCAACCGUGACGAAGCGUAACUGGUUACGGCAUCACUUACCUAAUAUUGAUGACAAGAAGCAUCCUUUGUCAAGAGAGCAGCUACUUCGAAGUAUCAAUGACAUUGGAAAUACUAGAGAAGUGUUAGAAAGUCACAUUGAUAAGUUGGACAAGUACAUCAGGACUUACGGAAACUUCAAAUUCGAUAAGGCACAAGCUGCGAUUAGUUUCACUGUGCCUUUGUCCUUCUGGUCCAAGCUCCAUGAGUCUGUCGCUGGUCGCUGGCUCUAUAACUUAAUGUAUCCUAUCUCAUCUUCCGAUAACUAUCAUUGGUCUUAUGCCAAAAUCGAACGCUUGGCUAUACCAAGGAUAAACGAGUUCUUGACGUCCCCAUCUAAUAACAAACUAUCCUUAACUUAUUUGAAUGUGAAGCUUGACAUUGAGAGUGCUGACCAUGAUACAUUGAACAUUCAGCUAUCUAGGCAACCUACGGAGCGCAGGUUGAGGGCAGCUUCUACAAUCGACCUCCACUUGACAGAAUCCCCGCUGGAAUGGGUUCUCUUUAAUAACAUCUGGUGGCUUUCAAUAAGUGAUAAAAAAGCCAGAAAGGUACGCAUAGAACAAUACAAUUCAAGCAUGAAAGCCAAGUUGUCUAAAACAUUUCCAAAGGUUCGCAGAGUUAGUCGUGGGAUUCCAAUCGUUAUUAACGAUACUAAUGAUGAAGUACUCGCCUUACCAACUCUUGGAAGUACUGUUCCGGGUGUCAAUGUUGAAUGGUAUGUAAAAGCAGCGAGCAAUGCCGAAUGA